CUUGCGAGCCUGCGUGGUCACGUGAUCGCCUGUGCUCCGUGUGUCCUUGCGUCCCCCCUCUGUGUCCACUCUGCUCUACUUAUGGCUUUCUUGACUCACCAAGUCCUCCGAGGUUUUUCCUCUUCGGCGGCGAGGAAUGUCGUUAUUAAACAAGUCACCAUCAUCGGUGGAGGACAGAUGGGAGCAGGGAUCGCACAGGUUGCUGCUUCGACCGGCCACACUGUGACACUGGUGGACACGUCUGACGACAUCCUGAAGAAGGCCGUCAAAUCCAUUGAAGGGAGCCUGAAAAGAGUGGCCAAGAAGAAGUUUGCAGACAAGCCCGAGGCAGGUGAAGAGUUCAUCCAGAAAGUCCUGAAGCAUGUGUCCACCUCGACCGACGCCGGCGCAGCUGUCCAGAGCUCGGACCUUGUGUUGGAGGCCAUCGUGGAGAAUCUGAAAAUCAAGCAGGAUCUCUUCAGUCGGCUCGACAAGCUGGCCCCAGCACACACCAUCUUUGCCAGCAACACAUCCUCAUUGCCCAUCUCUGACAUCGCCAGCUCCACCAACAGGCUGGACAGGUUCGGGGGCCUCCACUUCUUCAACCCCGUCCCUAUGAUGAAGCUUGUAGAGGUUAUUGGAACCUCAGCAACAAGCCAAGAAACGUUCGACUCCCUCCUGAACUUCAGCAAGGUGCUUGGAAAAACGCCCGUGUCCUGCAAGGAUACGCCCGGAUUCAUCGUGAACCGCCUGCUUGUGCCUUACACAUUUGAGGCCAUCCGCUUGCAUGAGAGAGGUCAUGGAUCCAAAGAAGAUAUUGACAUUGCGAUGAAACUCGGGGCUGGUUAUCCCAUGGGGCCCUUUGAGCUCUCCGACUACGUAGGACUGGACACGUUGAAGUUCAUCAUAGAGGGGUGGCGUGAAAUGGAUCCCGAAAACCCGCUCUUUGCUCCGAGUGAACUGCUGAACAAGUUGGUCGCGGAGGGCAAACUAGGCAAAAAGACGGGAGAAGGCUUCUACAAGUACAAGUGAUUCACCGAGGAUGUGUUCAGGCGCCACUGUCUGGCUUCUGCGAGUACAAGUGAUUCACUGAGGAUGUGUUCAGACGUCGCUGUCUGGCCCUGGGAAACUAAGCUAUCCAAGUAAUACCGAUAACUGAAACAGAAGAGUGCCUACAUUAAAACCUUCUUCCUCCGCCAGUCCACGUUUUUACUCUGAAUGACGUCUGCGUGUGUCCAAUUAAAUCUGAGUGAAUAGAUUUUUCAAAA